AUGGGGGAUUGGAACUUGCUGGGCAGCAUCCUCGAAGAAGUGCAUAUCCACUCCACCAUUGUGGGCAAAAUCUGGCUCACCAUCCUGUUCAUAUUCCGGAUGCUGGUGCUGGGAGUGGCUGCAGAAGAUGUCUGGGAUGAUGAGCAAUCUGAGUUCAUUUGUAACACUGAGCAACCUGGCUGCAGCAACAUCUGUUAUGAUAAAGCUUUCCCUAUCUCUCUGAUCAGAUAUUGGGUGUUGCAAAUUAUCUUUGUCUCAUCCCCAUCCCUCAUUUACAUGGGGCAUGCACUUUACAGGGUAAGGGCCCUUGAGAAAGAGAAGCAGCAACAGAAAGCCCAUCUCAGAGCCCAGUUAGAUGAUGCAGACCCUGUCUUGGAAGAGCACAAGAGAAUGGAGAGGGAGCUGAGGAAGUUAGAAGACCAAAAGAAAGUGAACAAGGCACCAUUGAGAGGGUCCCUCCUGCGCACUUAUGUCUUGCAUAUCUUGACCCGGUCAGUGUUAGAAGUGGGUUUUAUGAUAGGCCAGUAUCUUUUAUAUGGGUUUCAAAUGUACCCUCUUUACAAAUGUACUCAGCCUCCCUGCCCUAACACAGUGGAUUGUUUUGUGUCCAGACCAACAGAGAAAACCAUCUUUAUGGUUUUCAUGCAUGGUAUUGCUGCCGUCUCCCUGUUCUUGAACAUCCUGGAGAUUAUCCAUCUGGGCAUCAAGAAGAUAAAGAAAACUCUUCCUGGAAACCAGAGGAGGCAAGGAGGCAUCACUGAGGAACAGACAAGCAUUUAUGAGUCCCAGAAGAACUCAGUGGUCCAUCAAGUUUGCAUCCUUAGCAACUCCUCCCCGCAAAGCGGCUAUGCACUUUUGCCAGACCAGCAGGUGGGGCUACCACUUUACCUUCCCCUACAACAAGGAUACAAAGUGCUCCAGGUGUCUGCUGAUCAGGGCUUGUUUGCAGUGAGGAUGGGUGCCGAGCAACAGCAGUGCAGCAUGGAGAGAAACAGGGGCGACCAGCACCACGGACAGUGCCACCGCCCCUACAGACACUUGGCCCACUCUCUAGCAAGUCACCAGGAGCAGAGACAGCUCCCGAAUCAGCACGUGGGACAGCACCACAAUGACCAGCAGCGAGAGCCUUCCUCCAGCAGCAGGGACACCCAGAAGCAGCCCCGCUUGGGCUGUGAGGACUGCUCAGAAAGUGAGCAGCAUACCCAGAAGCAGCCCAGGAAACCUAUUUAUUUGGCUAAGCCCCCCUGUAGUGCCAGCCAGAUGGAGAUCCCCCAAGCCAUCCACAAUGCCCUUCACAAACACAACUGGGUGAGCAGCUGCAAGGACCUUGGGGAGGUUUGCUGUGACUCUCCAGACAGUGGGCACUAUCAGGGCAACCACCAGUCCAGCUUUCUGUCUGAGGUGUUAUCUCAGAACCACCUGGCCAGCGACUUGGACAGUUCUGACUCCAGGAAUGGCUCCGGCUCAGAAAACAAACACAGAGAGGAGAGCAGCCCCUCCGCCACCCCACCACCUCUUUCUGCAAUAGGACGUAGAGUGUCAAUGGCAAGUAGCAUCAGGUGGCCUUCCCUCUAA